AUGGUCCACACCGCUACGGCUACCGCGCCCGUCAACAUCGCUUGCAUCAAUCCCUUGCUAGCAAAGCUUUCUACUUGGUCACCUGCUAACAACAGGUACUGGGGCAAGCGGGACACGAAGCUGAUCCUGCCGACCAACUCGUCGCUCUCGGUGACGCUGGACCAGGACCAUCUGCGCUCGACGACGAGCUCGGCGUGCGAUGCCUCCUUCGAGGCCGGCGAUCGUCUCUGGCUGAACGGCAAGGAGGAGGACGUCAAGGAGGGCGGCCGUCUCGCGACCUGCAUUCGCGAGCUCCGCGGCUGGAGGAAGGAGAUGGAGGACAAGGACUCGAAGCUCGAGAAGCUCUCGGCCAUGCCCCUCCGUAUCGCGUCUUACAACAACUUCCCCACCGCUGCCGGUCUCGCCUCGUCUGCCUCCGGUCUCGCCGCGCUCGUCGCCUCGCUCGCGCAGCUCUACUCCCUUCCCCAGUCGGCUUCGGAGCUCUCCCGCAUUGCCCGCCAGGGCUCCGGCUCUGCGUGCCGUUCGCUCUUUGGCGGUUUCGUCGCCUGGCGCGAGGGCCAGGCCGCCGACGGCUCUGACUCGCUCGCUGUUGAGGUCGCGCCCCAGUCUCACUGGCCCGAGAUGCACGCUCUGAUCUGUGUCGUCUCCGACGCCAAGAAGGGCACCUCCUCCACGGCCGGCAUGCAGGCUACGGUCGCGACCUCGCCUCUCCUCCAGGAACGCCUCAAGGUCGUGCCCGGGCGCAUGGACACGAUCGAGAAGGCGAUCAAGGCGAAGGACUUCGACGCCUUCGCCGACGUCACGAUGCGCGACAGCAACCAGUUCCACGCCGUGUGCCUCGACACGCAGCCGCCCAUCUUCUACCUGAAUGACGUGAGCCGGGGCGUCAUCGCGCUCGUCGAGGAGCUCAACCGCGCCCACAAGGAGGAGACCGGCCACCUCCUCGCCGCGUACACCUUUGAUGCGGGACCCAACGCCGUCAUCUACGCCCCUGAGGAGAACAUGCCCGUCGUCAUUGAGGCCGUCAACCGCUUCUUCCCCCAGGAGCUUGCCGCCAAGGAGCCGUUCGAGGUCAAGAAGGCCGAGCUCCCCAAGGGCUUCAAUGAGAGCGCGGUCAGGACCUGGGACAAGGGAAGCGUCAAGCAGCUCAUCCACACGCGCGUCGGCGACGGCCCCCGCAGGCUCGACGAGAGCGAGAGCCUCCUCAAGGCCGACGGCACCCCCAAGACCCUCGCUUAA